ACAGUACAAUAAGGCGGUCCGUAUCGCGGGUGUUUUCAUAUGGGUAAUAAACACUUCUCCGGCAUUGGUAUUAUGAAACAUUUAGUAUGUUUUUUCCUUUUGUAAACAUUAAGAUAAAUAUUGAAACAGCUGUUAGUGGGAAAUAAAGUUUUGGAGCAUGAGCUGUAGUGUAUAAAUGUGUGAGCUGCUCGGGAUAUGGCAGGAGUUUUGGCGCGGCUUGUGACUGACACAGAUUAGUCGCUUUCACACAGUCUGAGUGUGUGUUCGCACGUUUUCCAUUUCAGUUGUGUUUCAGUUUCACCAGGAAAAGCAGUUUGAAGGCUCUGCUGGGUCAGAAUGCUGGGAAAUGAGUAUGUGUUUCAGAUGUCAGGUCUGAAGGAUCUCCAGCAGAAAGCAGAGCUGCUUCGGGCCAUCAGGAAGCUCCAGGGUCACUACAUAGGAGGAUCUGUUUAUAAAGAGGCAAUGACGCAUCUCAUCAUCACUCAGCCGUUAGCCAGCGAGAAGUUCCUUGCAGCAUGCGCCGGAGGGAAAUGGAUAGUGACUCCCCAGUUUGUUCUGGACAGUGUAAAACACAAAGCAUGGCUACCUGAAGCCUCAUAUGAGUUAAACCUCACAGCUAACGUUAAGGCCACUGUGAUUGCAAACCCUCUUCAGAAAUGGAGGGAGAAAGUUGCCCGAGGCAUCGCGUCUGGAGCUUUUCAGGAUUGGGUUGUUUAUCUUGAGAUUGAAGAUCAUGUUAGGAGAGCCAUGUUUGAAAGAAUACUGAAAGCAGGGAAGGCUGUGCUCUGCACUGAUAAAUGCACAGCCACACAAACUAUUACACACGUGUUAACCAAAGAUGGAUCCAAAACCUCUCGGAAACUUACUGCACCUUAUUUCAGCAUCAGCUACAUUGCAGAACAUCUCUUUGGGGCAGUGUGCUCGGGUUUGAACUGGUCCAUUAAUUUGAACAAACUGAGCCAGCAGGCGAGUUGUGUUCAACCGGAGGUCAUGGAGUGCAGUCCUAUAACAGUGGAGGAUGAACCAAUGGAUGUUACUGAUAAUUCCUUUCUUUUAAAGCUGGAGGAAACACUUAAAGACUACAUCACCAGAAUGGAGGUGCAGAAAAGAAAGUUACUGAAAGUCCCUGGAUUUUAUAACUACUACACUCCCGUCUUUCCAACACAGGUCACAGUGGUGGAUUUCAGUAAUGUUCAGAGCCUGGUGGAGUGCGGGCUCUUCCCACAGGCCCUGGAAGAGGUGCAGGGGUGUCUGCAUCCCGGCGUGCUUCCUCCAGUCUCAGUGCUCCACGUGUGCAUGCAGCACGCACUCCAUGGUGAAGCAGAGCCGUACUUUCUCAGCAUGUUCAGCAUUGUUCUGAACGACAUCCUGUGUAAUAACCCUACAUGGAGCUUUCCUGCAAGUGUCAAGUACUUCUUGCAGAUCCUGCAGUGUCCACAGUGUGCGACGGGAGUGUGGCCGCUCCUGCAGACUUCUGUGAGGUUCUGCUUGGGGAGCACAGCGACCUGUCACCCACUGCCUAGCCCCGCCUCAACAGAGCUUCUCCAUUUCCAUGGCAACCUGCAAGCGUUCAUUCUCAGGCUGUUUCAGCUGGAGCUGCACGCCACAGCCUCAGCUAGGCGGGCGGCGGGCUCGCGGGGCUCCGUGCUCUACAGCAUGUUCUGGAACGUGUGGGAGAAGACGACGCUGAGCUCCAGAGCCCUGCAGCAGCUGGCUGAAUUGCUGGUGGAAACCACACUCUGGGCUCUUCACUCCUCUCAGGAGUGGAGGCUGCAAGUGUUGGGCACGCUGCAGGAGAUUCUGGCUGUAGUGGUGGAGUACUGGGCUCAGGAGCACUCUCGGCUCAACAACCGGAUGGUGGAGAAAGGCUUUCAGGACCUUGCAGAAUACAUGGCUAUCCUGUGCCAAGACCUCCGUCCAGAUGCUCUGAGGGAGCUGGUUCCUGCCCUCCCAUCUCACCGGCUCAGGAUGCUCACUGCUGAUGCAAUCUACAGAAACAUCUGCACUAGGAACGGUCUUCUCAUCCGCUCAGAGCCGCUCUCCCUCCACAAGAUAGUCUUCUCCUAUCUUAAGGCCCUGGGGCAGUUGUGUGGGCGCAAGCCGAGGCAUUCUUCCGAGCACCAGACUGAGAGGACCGUCUCACCCAGCUCAGACAGUCAGGGUGCAAGAGAAAGAGAGCGUGUGGGUGGCUCAGGCUUGGCGAAGGACAACAUGCCAAAAGGCUUCCAUCGAGUCAAUUCUGCAGGGGAGACACUCCUGCAUCGAGCCUGCAAGAGGAACCAGCUGGAGACGGUGCUGCAGAUCCUCAGUCUGCCUGGAGUGGAUGCCAAUGUUAAAGACCAUGCAGGCUGGACUCCCCUUCAUGAAGCAUGUAACCAUGGCAGCAGAGAGUGUGUGAGGGCUCUACUGCAGCACUGCCCCGGCCUGCAGCUGGACAGCCAGGUAGAAGGAGUGAGUCCACUGCACGACGCCUUGCUUAACCAGCACAUGCACAUCGCCAAGAUGCUGCUGCGCCAUGCCGGUUCUGUGCUGUUGCAGUUGCGUGAUAGUUCUGGUCACACUCCUUUGGACCUGGUUUCCUGUGCGGCGCUGCGUGAGGAGCUCAUACGCUGCGCUGAAGAAGGAGACACAGCUCUGGCAGUCCAGAGGUCUGAGGUGAGAGACAUGGCCUUUGUGGAGACCUGCUCAUGUCUCCUCAGCUGCCUCCUCCUCACCUAUUUAGCGGAGCAGCACAUCCCCUCGUAUGAAACUGCAGAGCCAGAGCUGGAGCUCAGUCCGUCUACAGCACAGACACUGCUUAGCCUGAACCCUGAGACACUAAGCUCACACUGGGGUAACUCUACAGCAGGGGCCCUGGCCCAUGACCUGAGGACGCUGAUGAGUAUGGAACAGUAUGUGCUGCAGCUGAGUCCUGCGCUAACACACUGCCACGGGACACACACCAGUCUGCUCAUCCAGCUGCUGAAGGACCUGCAGGCUGAGGGGACAGCUCUGCUCAACGGCAAGCCUGAACUGUGACUGUGCUUCCACACUUGCAAAGAGCUAGUAGUUCUCAUUAAAUUGUUGAUGGGACCAAGGGAAAUAUCCAGUCUUUCUGUCACGAUUGUAGAUAAAAUAGUGUAAAUAUUAUUAUUAUUAUUAUUAUUAUUAUUAUUAUUAUUAUUCUAUUGUGUUAUACUUAAGCUCUGCUUACACUAGUCUAUACUUUCCACUCUGACCUUGAAUGUUUCAUCUUUUUUUUUUUUUUUUUUUUAAAUAAAAAAUCCUUUUUGCACUUUUGCUACGUGGGAAAUUAAGAAGUUAAGAAGUUAAUCUCUAUUUUUGUAAAGUGUACAAAUUAGUAAGAGACAACAGUCUGCAAUAAAUGUAGAGAUUCCGCUAGA